AUGUUAGGCCCACCUAACGUCGUGCUGGUGUGUGCAGCCAAAGAGCUCUCGGCAUCCGACCGGGACCUGCUCCGCUGGAUCAACAACAAGAUCCGGGCCCGCACCACGCAGCGCCUGUUGCCCUCCAAAGCGGGCGCCAAGUCUCCCGAAGAGACCUCGGCAUCUGACCGGGACCUGCUCAGCUGGAUCAACAACAAGAUCCGGGCCCGGCCACCGCCUUGGACUUCUCGGGCUCCAUCAGCUGAGGCCUUGACGAAGCACACAGCGUCAGUCGCCCUCCAAACCAAAGAGCUCUCGGAAUCCGACCGGGACCUGCUCGGCUGGAUCAACAACAAGAUCAGGGCCCGCAAGUCGGCCACUGCCUCGGACUUCUCAGGCUCCAUCCGCAACGGCCACGCGCUCGUCCGGCUCAUCGAGGCCCUCACUAUGGCCGACUCCGGCCUCUCCAUCAGGGACUUCCUUGGCGCCUCCCAUCUCACUCAGCUCGACCUCCAUCGCCCUGCUGGCCCGGAUACGCCAGAUAGCAAGCAAGGCUUGUUGAACUUCUUCUUCAGCCACAAACCUGCCAACCAAUGA